AUUGUGAAAUAUGUUGACGCAGGAGCCUGGUGAUAAAACAGCCAAUCCUUUCUUGAUACUUUAUUGGUCUGACCUGAAAGCUGAGCAGAUAUAAAUGGGUUGGAGCACAGGCAGCUAUCACCAUUCCAAGAAGAACGACCAGCUGGCAAAGACGAAAGGAAUUGAGACAGAAAAUGGCAAGUCUUUUAACGACUUCACCUGUUCCUAUAAGGACAAAAUUUCUACAUCAAAUAGGAUUGUCACUUUAUAAUACCUCUCAUGGCUUCCAUGAGGAAGAAGUGAAAAAAAAACUUCAGCAGUUUCCUGGUGGAUCUGUUGACCUCCAGAAAGAAGAAAAUGGCCUUGGCAUUCUUACUCUGAACAAUCCAAGUAAAAUGAAUGCCUUCUCAGGUGUUAUGAUGCUGCAGCUUCUGGAAAAAGUGAUUGAGUUGGAAAAUUGGACAGAGGGGAAAGGUGUCAUUGUCUGUGGGGCAAAAAAUACUUUCUCCUCAGGAUCUGAUCUGAAUGCUGUGAAAGCACUAGGAACUCCAGAGACUUCCUUUAAUAAGUGUUGCACUGGUUCAAGGUCGGGCACUGGGUGGAGGAGCAGAAUUUACUACAGCAUGUGAUUUCAGGCCACACUUGCACAUGAACGUUCCGGAGCCUCGGAUUGAAUCUGAGCCACAGCUGCAGCAAUGCCAGAUCCUUAACCCACUGUGACAGGCUGGGGAUCAAACCCACACUGCCUCAGAGACAACCCCAGAUCCUUAACCUGCUGCACCACAGCAGGAACGCCAACAUUUUGCUAUUUUGUUUUUGUUUUUGGCUUGUCAUGUGUGUGUUUGUUUGUGUGUGUAAUAUAUAAUAAUAUUUUUUUCUGAGAAAUUCGAGAGUAGGUUGCAUAUAUCUUAUUACCUUUUUAUUCCUUUAAAUACACUCACAAAUAUAUAUAUUCUUUUUUAAUAACCAGAGUACUCUACACAACCACAGCACAGCUGUCAAAUGCAGGAAAUUUAACAUUGAUGUCAUUCUUUUAUCUGUAUAUUACCCAUAUUUUAAUUGUGUCAGUUUGGCAAUAAUGUCCAUUAUAGUAGUGUUUUCCUCCACCGCAGGAUCAUUGCACUUAGUUGUCAGAGCUCUUUACAUUCAGAACUGAGAUAAUGUUUUUUAAGCUAUUAAGUUUGUAUUAUAACAUCAAUAGUAAAUAAUACAGGUGAUGUUAUUUUAAAAAUAUAUAUUGUGAUUUCUGAUUUUAAGAGGAUAUGUGCUCAUUUGGGUGAAUAUGAAUCACCUGGGGAUUUUAUUAAAUUGCAGUUCUUAUUUUAUAGGUCUGGGGUGAAGCCUGAGAUGAUGCUAUAUAGCUGGUCCACAGACCACACAUUGAAAAACAAGGUUCUAGAUUAUUUUGAAAAUAUUUAUUUUAAAAAAUAUUUUAAGUAUUAUAAAAAUAAAGCAUGCCUUACUAUUAUUAAUCAUUAAAAAAUAUACAGGUAGGUAUAGAGUAAAAAUUAAAGUUGUUAUCAUCCAAACGUAAUUAGCAUUAGCAUUAUGGUGUGCUUUCUUCACUUUUUAAAAAUAGACACAUAAGAGUUCUGGUGGUGGCUUAGCCGUUAACAAAUCUGACUAGCAUGCAUGAGGACACAGGUUCGAUCCCUGGCCUCGCUCAGUGGGUUAAGGAUCCAGUGUUGCCGUGAGCUGUGGUGUAGGUUGCAAGAUCUGACUCGAAUCCUGCGUUGCUAUGGCUGUGGUGUAGGCUGGCAGCUAGCUACAGCUUGGAUUCAACCCCUAGCCUGGGAAGUUCCAUGUGCCACAGAUGUGGCCCUAAAAAAAGGAAAAAAAAAAAAGAAAGAAAAGACGUAUAAUUUUCUAUUUUUAAAAAAGUAGGAUCAUGUGACAUAGUUUAUAUUUAAUGAGUGUUUUCAUAUUAUUAAAUGUACUUGGAAAACAUGAAUUUUAUAAGUUAAAAUAUUUCAUCAGUAUGGAUAUACUAAAAUAUCCUCCUUUGGUUGUUUCUAAUUUUUCUCUGAUUAAUGCUCUGAUAACUGCUUUUUACAUAAGGCUUUGUUUUUUUUUGGAUUUUUUCCUUAGAAUAAAUCCUACUACUUAUUAAGUAGUCAAAGGAUUUAGUCAAAGAUGGUGAAAAUGUUCAAGGUUUUUGAUAUAUGGUACCAAGUUAUCCUCCAGGAAAGAUUCUGCCAAUUUAUAUUACCACCAGCAGUAUAUCAGUAUCUUUUUGAGAGCAUCCUUUCUUACUCUUUUAAAAGAUCUUUUCGAAUUUUAAUAAUCAAAAAUUGUUUAAUUUGUAUUUUUAAAAGUUUAGAAGUGUAUGGAGAGGCAUAUGUUUUUAUAUGUUCAUUGAAUGCGUGUGUAUGUGUGAACUGUCUGUCCUUUUUGUUUUUCUUUGGAGUAUCAAGGAUUUAGCUGUUUAUACACUGGAUGAAAAACACAUUUUUAUUCCUCUGUCUCCCUAGAGAAAUAAAAUUCUCAAUUAUGCAAUUUAAAACCUGCCUACCUAAUUUGUUUUCAGUCUCUAACAUUGUUUUCAUGAGUAUAAAUAACCCUCAGCCAAAGGUAUUAGCAUUUCCAGAUGCUACCCAUUCGUUCAAAGUGUAUUACAAAGAAAGGGAGCUGUAAACAUAUUUGUCCCAAGGGAGCUACUAUAGGUUUCCCUUCUCUUAAAAUACCAACUUAAUAAAUAAAAUACAAAAUAUACGUAAUACACACUUGCACAUAGACACAGGUACACAUGCAUGUGCACACACACACAAAUCAACAUAUCUCAGAGUUACUAAAAAACAAAUUCCAUUUUUGCUGUGGCAGUGCCUGUACUCUGAAUAUGAGAUAUCCACCUCAGGAAGCAUUCACAUUGCCCAUGCAUGUUGCUUUUGUUUAGUAGUUAUCACUGUGUGAUGUGGAAAUUCUUACUUUAGAGCCUGUGAUAUCAAGAAAAUCCACCUCUGAGCAUACUAAGAUUAUUAACUGAAUAUUAAAAUCAGACUUGAUAUUCUCAAAAGAUUUUCCUGUCUGACUCUCCCUCACUGUACUACCAUAGGAAAUCAGAAAGGUGACCCAUGGGUAGAAACUUUGGCUCUUGCAAUUUUUUAUAAUUUGUCUUGUGAUGUGAUGGCAGAUAGAAAUCUGGAGGAAGAAGGUACCAGGAAAGUACAUGUGCAAAUAAAUGUCUGUGUUCAAGGCAUGAUUUUAUUAUUUAUUUAUUUAUUUAGCUUUUUAGGGCCACGCCUGUGGCAUAUGUAGGUUCCCAGGCUAGGGGUUGAAUCGGAGCUACUCCACAGCCACAGCAAUGCGGGAUCUGAGCCGCGUCUUCAACCUACACCACAGCUCAGGGCAACACCAGAUCCUUAACCCACUGAUCAAGGCCAGGGAUCGAACCCACAAUGUCAUGGUUCCUAGUCGGAUUCAUUUCCACUGCGCCACGACAGGAACUCCAAGGCAUGAUUUUAAAGUAUUGUUUGUGGUCAGAGAUGCUGUUGCUAUUAUAGAAUUUUAUGUACCAUAUUUCCUCAUGUCACCACAGUUUGCCUUGUUACAUUUGCUUUGUUCUUAUACCAUGUAAAGGAACCAGCAGUGCCUGAUCCUGAAGUUUAUUUAAAUCAAUGAUUCUAGACUUUAAAUUUACGUAUCAUGUUAUUUAAUUUUGUAACAGGAAUGCUUUAAAAUUUUAAAAUAUUUAUGCUUUUAGUUAUAUUGCACUAUAUUCCUUGAGUUAGUCUUAGAGAAGUAUGUGGGUUUUUUUAAUCAACUUGGAAUCUUCUGCUUCAGCCAGAACUAUAACAGAACACAGUAUUAUUCCUACCUUUAUUUGGAAAUUAAAAAUUGUGUAUUAUUUUGUAGUCUUCAUUAACAGAUAUUAAGGAAGGAUGGUAUACCAUUACUUGCUGGGCUUUCACUGAAAAUAUAGCUCUUUAUACAUUCAAACUUUAGGGACUGAGUGAGCUUAUUAGUCCAGGAAAUAACUUUAUAAUGUCUUUCUAGCAGAAGCACUACUGUUGUUUGUAGUGAGUUACCUAUUAAUGCAGCCAACCUGAUAAUAAUAAAAUCUAGUACACAUAAGAGUUUAAUAUGUCAGGUACUGUGAGACUACAAAUACAUACAAUGUAUAUAUUCCAAAUUAAGGUAUACAUACUGUGUUCUAUAGAUGUGGCUGAAGUAGAAGAUUUCAAACUAUUUUAUUAAAAACAUACAUAAACACGAUUCCUCUAGGAUUCUAUUUAAAGGAACAGUGGUGUGUAUAUAUAUGUUCUAAGAAAACUUUCAUAUAUUAACUCAUUUAAUACUCAUAAUUCUAUGGCAUAAGUACUAUCAUUACAUCUGCUUUAUAAACAAGCAUACUGAGGCCCAGAGAUGUUAAGUCAUCUACUCUUCCUCUCCUCUUUAUACCAUGUAUCUCUUUUUUUGUGUGUUUUACAAGGUGUAAAAUGAAGCCAGUCUAGUGACCAAGCCAGACAGUCUAGUUUAUAUCCAUGCAUUUCACAUCAAAGCUGUACUCUCUUCCAAUGUAAUUAUUUAUGUUUCUAACUUCACCAGAGUUCACUAAAAGUAUCCUUUCUUUUAUGAUACACAUUUUUAAAAUCUUUUUGUAAUCUUUUGCCAAAAUGUUGCCUAUUUUAGUAAAAUUUGUAAUAAUUUUAAAGUUAUUUUUCUUGAAUACAUUUGUUCAAAGUCCUACAACUUAUAGCUAAAUCUGAUGACUUAGCUAGUAGUCGCAUCGUGAACCAUCCCUUCAGGUAUCAACAUUGACUUUGCAACAUCUCACAAAGGUGAUACUCUCUCCUAAGUUAUGAAUUGUUUUUCCUAUAACACUGAUGCAUCCAUAACGGAACACUGCGUAUAUCCACAUUUGAUUAAUUUCCUUUUCUUUGCUCUCCUAAAGUGUCACAGGAAAUUUUCAACCUUGCGAAUAAUGACACUUAUUAAUAGUCAUAAGACCCUUAUAAUUCUUUUACUUGUCAAAAUAACAGUUUAAUAUGGCUGUAUAAAUGAGUCUGCCAUAAGGCUUCAGAGUCUUAAGAUUUGGGUCUUCUAGUUUUCUACAUAGACUAAUAGAUUAUCCCUUGCAAUAAACUACAUUUCAGGUGGUGCCAGGUAAAGGCAUCUAAAUUCUAGCAGUAAUUAGUGUAUAAUUCUAAAAUGGGAGUUCCUGUCGUGGCACAGUGGAAACGAAUCCGACUGGGAACCAUGAGGUUGUGGGUUCGAUCCCUGGCCUUGCUCACUGGGUUAAGGAUCCUGUGUUGCCCUGAGCUGUGUGGUAGGUCACAGACAUGACUCAGAUCUGGUGUUGCUGUGGCUGUGACAUAGGCCAGCAGCUGUAGCUCCAACUGGACCCUUAACCUGGGAACUUUCAUAUGCCAUGGGUACAGCCCUAAAAAGCAAAAAUAAAUAAAUAAAUAAAAAUAAAAAGACAAAGGACAAAAAAAUUAUCUAAAAGGCCUAUCAGGAAGCAGUUUCUAUUUUUGGAUAUAUCUUGAUACAACAUUUUCUUCAUACAUUCUCGUUAUCACCACUGAAAAUUUUACAUUUAAACUUUAACUUUUAGAUUAAUAAAAAGUCUUGUGAAAGGUUACCACGUGAACAGUGCAUAGUUCUCCCAUUGUUAGACUAAACUGCCUUGUGUUUUUUGGUCACUUAAUACAUUUUUUGGUUAUAUUAGUUUAUGUGUAUCAGUACACAGGUACACCCUAGGCAUAACAUAUAAAGAAUGAAUGUCAGUUUGAUCACAACAGGUAUUUUUACAAAGAUUACCUCAGGAUUUGUUAGGGUUAUAAAAUAUGAUUCAUAAAGUCAUACCUCACCUUGUAAAAUAUGGCAAAAGGAAAAAAACACAUAAAAAUGAUAAGCAUUCUUUAGAAGAAAAUAAUUGCAAAUAUAAAAAGGCUUAUAUAUUCAACUUUUGUCAUAAGCUAAUCUACAUUAUCCCACCAUCAAGACUUUACCAAACGUAUUCAGUUGACUUUAAAUGAAUUUAUCCUGACAUAAUCCUUUUCUAUAUUGUAGGCACAGCUCUGAGCGAUCAGUGUCAAUUCCAGGAUAUAAAUAGGAACUGUGACAUCUAUUCUGUGUGAAGUUUUAUAGGGUUGUGUUCAGUACAACAAUACUCAUAUUUCCAACUCUAUUAAGACAUUACUGUGAUUUCUAUUCUACUUAUUUUCGACCUUGUUUUUUGUUUAUUAUAACUCCUUUCACAAUUUGGGGCUAGAUUCAGAUUCUUAAGACACUCAUUCUUUCUCCCCUCCCAUUUAAAAAGUAUUUAUUGAAAAAUACUAUUUCAUGGUUAUCUAAAAGCAAAUGUCCAUAAUUAAGGCAGAUUUUUCCUUAUAGGAAUUCACAGCUGUGAAGAGAAAAUUCUCUUUCCCAGUGGGUUAAUAAAUAGGCUUUUGUGAGAAUUCUCUACUGGAAUAUUUCUCUUGAUUAAAGGGUCAAAGACUCAGAGUCUGCUGUUUUUGGUGAUUAAAAAAAAAAAAAAAAAAAAAAA